GUUGUUCUCCGUCGACCCUUCAGACCGUUUGAAGAAACUAUAAAAGACUGAGAUCAGCAGCAUGGAUCAGUCUGAGAACAAAGAAACAUCUCCAUGUGGGGAAAAGAAUAGCCAGACAACAGCUCAGAGGACCAUCCUGAAACUGGACUCUGAUGAAGCUGAAGCAGAACCCAACAGUAUCUCUAAGAAUGUGUGGAUCAAAUUGACAGGCCCUGCAGCAGAAUCACUGGCGCAGGCUCUCUAUGGGCCCGCUGAUGUAGUUUUGCAGGAAAACAAGGGAGCGAGAAGAGGAGCAGAAGAGGUAACAAUACGACUAGAACUAGAGGCUGAAGGAGGAGGUGCGGAAGUAACUGGAAGAGGAGGAACAACAGCAAUAGUCAAAACUGUGUCAGUGCCACCAACAAGGAAUGUCGCAGGAACAGUCCAAGCUGGGAAACGCAUCAAAGUGCUAAAAACAUACAGGAUUGUCCUGCUGGGAAAAGCUCAAGCCGGGAAAAGCAGCCUAGCAAAUACCAUUUUUGGAGACGAUGUGUUCAAGAUAAACCAUACCUCCAUCUGUGGAACAAGUGAAUGUCAAGCAGGGUCAAAAUCUGUUCAUGGAAGAAGAUUAACGGUGGUCGACACUCCUGGUUUCUUUGACACAGAUAGACCUGAGGAGCAGCUGAAGAGUGAGAUAGUAAGGUGCAUCACAGAGUGCGCUCCUGGGCCUCAUGCUUUUUUCAUUGUUCUUAAAGUGGAGAAAUUCACUAAGGAGGAGCAGGCUGUCAUCACUAAAAUAUGUCAAUAUUUCUCAGAGGAAGCUUUAAAGUAUGCUGCUGUUGUCUUCACUCAUGGUGACCAGCUCCCAGAAGGAAUGAAAAUUGAGCAGUUGAUUGAUCAGAAUAAAUGUCUCAGUGAUCUGGUGAAGAAGUGCGGCGGCCGAUGCCAUGUCGUUGAUAAUAAAUACUGGACAAACAACCAACAGGAUGAAUACAGAAGCAACAAGUUUCAGGUGGCAGAGCUGCUCAACACAACAGACAAGAUAGUAAUGGAAAACAAAGGAGGCUGCUACACCAGCAAGAUGCUACAAACGGUGUGGAGUGAAAAAGAGGAAGAGAACAACAGAACAUCAGCAGGUAAAAUGCCACAAGGACACCCCAGCAAUAAGGCGAACAAAAGUGUCUCAAAGAAUGUGUGGCUCAAACUAACCGGCCCUGCAGCAGAAUCACUGGUGGAGUCUUUCUGUGGGCCCGCUGUUGUAGCUUUGCAGCAAAGUGGUGGGAUUACAAAAGAAGCAGCAGAAGGAAUAGGAGGUGAAGAAGGAGAAGUAUAUGGAGGAAAAGUAGAGGAGGAAGGAGAAGAAACAGAAACAAAAGGAGAAAAAGCAGAAGGAAAAGCAGGCUUUAAAAGAAUUGGUCUAGGUAUUGUAGGAGGAACGGUACUUGCAGCCACACUACUAACACUAACACUACUAUGGCCAUUUGCAGCAGUAGGCCUAAUAGCAGGGACAGUAGGUGCAGCAGUAAUAGCAGGGACAGUAGGUGCAGCAAGAGUAGUAGGAAAAUGGGUUUUACGAAAAGUGUAUCAAUGGAUAAAGGACACGCUAAGAGCUAAUGGAACCAAAUUGCUGUGUGUUGUAUUCUUCUCAUUGCUGCUGCUAUCAUUUUGUGUCUAUGUGCCCUUUGCUGGGAACCUGCUCUUACUGUUGGGACUAUUACUAAUGUUCUUGUUGUUAUUGUUGUUAUUCUUGCUGUUAUAGGAGCAUGUACCUGUAAGAUUUACAGCAGUCCAACUCGUGUGAAUGGCAAAGUAUUAGCAUUUACUUUGAAAGGAUAAAACAAAAGACAUUGGUUGGCUCGAUAGUGAUGCAUCAAACUUUACCAUUUAUUCUGUAAUGUUUAAUAAUGUAAAAUGUAAUGUAAAACCAGGAAACUUUCUGUUUUUCUGGGUGAAAAAUUUAAAUACAAACUUUUUUUUUCAACGAUUUGG